UUUCAACAAAAAGCUUUUACUUUCGUUAUUUGAUUUUUUGUUUCUUGUCUUUUUUCUCCAGAAGUAGCGGUCGGAGGGUAUAUUUAGAGCUUCAAACGUACAAAUUGGCACAUAAAUGUUAUACAUGACUUUAAAUUUAUUUUUAUGUGAACGCUAAAAAUUGGUCUUGAGAAGCUUUUACCUAUAAAGCACCCGGAUUUUUAAUUCAAUUUGUUGUUCAACAAAAAAUUUGAAAAGAAAAAGGCGGCAAAUCAAAUAUGCAACAAGUUUGUUUUCAUUGAGAAUGAGCACCAAAGCUUUCUCUCUUUGUUUUUCUUUUUCGCUUUCGGAAAAUGAUGUAACAAAACAUCUAGCUUUCAAAGGACUAGCUAUUUUCAUGUUUUUUUUUCAGUUUGAUUAUGGCUCUAGUCAGGUCCUGAAUAAUUUUAAUGUUUGCGUAUAGUAAAAAUAGAAAACUUUAGUUUUUUUAAGUGACAUUAUACAAAAACUUUUAGUAACAAAAAUUCUAAGUUCAAAAUGCCUUCGAAAUGCUUUUUUGAGUUUGAUCGCCUUGAUCUAAUUUUUUUUAGUGGAGAAACGAUCAACGGGAGGGUCACUCUAACAACAACGUCUGAAAAAUCUGUAAACGUGAUUUACGUACUCUUCGAGGGCGAGGCAAAGGUUCACUGGGGAGAAAGCAGGACUAUGACCGUAAAUGGGCAGACGCAGCAGUACACGCAGCAUUUCCGGGGGAAACAGACGUACGUAAAGAUCAGCUACGAAAUCUCUCUGGUAGUUGACCGCCAUUGGCGUUUUAACAACGUCUUUAAAAAGUCGCUGACGGUACUGCAAACCUACAACCUCAACAUGAGUCCUGAAUUGUUGGUUCCAUUGAUGCGUGAGGACAUCAAGCACUUCUGCUGCUGGCCCUGCAGAUCGGGUCCGGUUCUUUCGACCCUGACAAUACCCUUCGGCGGCUACGCACCUGGCCAGAAGAUUCACUUCACCCUGGAAAUCGACAACCAAUCGAGUGGCUAUGAUCUAGAAGGCAUCGAAGUGAAGCUUAAGCAGAUCUACACGUUUCAGGCUCAAACCCCGCGGCACAAAACGCGGGAGAAAGAGCACAGCCUGAGUCAAAGCUGUCAGGAGGAACGGGUGUUGCGACUUUCAAAAAGGAUAAUCAAUUAUACCCUGGCCAUUCCAUCGGUACCACCAUCCACCCGCACGGAAGGUCACAUCAUAUUAGUGAGCUAUCGGGUGAUAGUGUCGCUAAAAAUGGGCCACUGCAACGUGGACUCGGACUUCGAGGUGCCGAUUGUCAUUGGCACUAUUCCAUUGGUCCAGAGCGCAGAGAACCCAUCCCGGGCUGCAGAGUGGAUACCCGAAACACCGAAUACUCCGGCCGGAGCUGCCGCUGAUCUGCCUCCCAGCUACGAUAAGUGCAAACCACCGACUUUCGAAGAGGCCACCAACUUCGGGGAGAGGUUUAUCGACAUCGAUGCGGACAAGCACAAUCGCACGGAUGAUUUCAUACCGCGUUAUCCGAUGUACACAAACUUUGCUUUGCCAUCAGCACCCCCACUUCCUGCCGAAGAAUCAAUUACUUAUCCUCAACAACAUGUUCCAUUGAAUGGUGGGAGCUCCACUGAUCGGUUUACACAGUCCUACUGCUAAAAUUCUCACUCAUAAAUCUCCAUUACUUGUUUAAUGUCUACACAAAUAUAAGUAAGCGAAAUCACUGCUGGUAAUGAAAUAUAUA